AUGAAGCCAAAGGGAGGUCAUAGAAGAGAUCCGGCUUGGAAAUAUGGUACAAAGGUGGAGAUUGAUGGAGAUGCAAAAGGAUAUACACACAUUAGAUGCAACUUUUGCCAUGAAGUUGUUAAAAGAGGUGUAAAAGGAUUGAAUGAGCACCUUGCUUGUACUCAUAAAAACGUCACCAUUUGCCAUAAAGUUCUCGAAGAAGUUAAACAAGAAAUGCAUUCAUAUUUGAAGAUAAGUGAUAUAGCUAAACAAGUUGCACAAAAGAGAUUUGAUGAUAUGGUUGAUUCAGGAUCUUAUGUUGGAGGUCGGGUAUCCUUAAAAGAUGUUAAUUCUUGUCCGAAUCCUUUUGAGACUUCAAGUGGUGGUUCUUCAAGAGGAAUUAGAGGACCAAUGGAUAGAUUCAUUGCUAAUUUGGAAGAUGGCAUAGAAGGUGUUCAAGGGGAUCCAAAAUCCAUGAAUCCUACAAGUGCAAACGAGGCUCAUAAUCGAUCAAUUGGUUCAUAUGGUCAAGGUUUGAAACCCCCUACCAUGUAUGAACUUAGAAGUUGGAUUUUAGAAGAGGAAGUGAAAACAACUAAAGCUUUCAUUGAUGAGGUUCGGAAGACAUGGACACAAAUUGGAGUAUCCAUAUUAUCUGAUGGUAGGAAGGAUAUGAGAGGAAGAAGUUUGAUUAAUUUUCUUGCCAAUAAUCCUCAGGGCACUAUUUUCUUAAAAUCUAUUGAUGCAUCAAAUGUUGUAAAAGAUGCUACCAUGUUGUUUAAGCUUCUUGAUGAUGUUAUGGUGGAGGACAUUGGAGAAGAGCUGGUUAUUCAAGUGAUAACUAAUGAUGCUGGCUUUCUAACAAUUAAUUUGAGUGCAUAA